UGGAGACCUUGGCAGUUAAUCUCUGGGUCGAAUCUAUGGAAACCAAACAGAACAGACUCGUCUUCCCCUUCUCUUCUGGCUGGGAUCUGGAAAACGGACUCUCCUGGCCUCUCAGAGAAUGAGGGAUUUGGGAGCCAUGCAGAGAGGGAUGCACAAGCCGCCGUCGGGAUUUGGAAAGAUGUCAGCUGCAGAAACAAAAGAAAAUCCCGCGUCUCCAAAAUGACAUCAGGAAACACAAAGACGAGCCUCAAGAGUGCCUACCCGUGUGCCAAGAGUCUGUCCUUCCAGGCGGCAGGGGAAGGGGAGGACGAGGACUACUGUACCCCUGGAGCCUUCGAGCUCGAGCGGCUCUUCUGGAAGGGCAGCCCCCAGUACACCCACGUCAACGAGGUCUGGCCCAGGCUCCACAUCGGCGAUGAGGCGACGGCGCUGGACCGCUACGGGCUGCAGAAGGCGGGCUUCACGCACGUGCUGAAUGCCGCCCACGGCCGCUGGAACGUGGACACCGGGCCCGACUACUACCGCGACAUGGCCAUCGAGUACCACGGCGUCGAGGCCGACGACGUGCCCACCUUCGACCUCAGCGUCUUCUUCUACUCGGCCGCCUCGUUCAUCGACUCGGCGCUCGGCGACGACCACAAUAAGAUCCUGGUCCACUGUGCCAUGGGCCGCAGCCGGUCGGCGACCCUGGUCCUGGCCUACCUGAUGAUUCACAAGAACAUGACCCUGGUCGAUGCCAUCCAACAAGUGGCCAAGAACCGUUGUGUCCUGCCCAACCGAGGCUUCCUGAAGCAGCUCCGAGAGCUGGACAAGGAACUGGUGCAGCAGAGGCGGCAGUCCCUGCGUCGGGACAGCGAGCUGGGCCUGUAG